AAAAUAUAAGAUCAAAACAUACAUUGUAGCAGUGGAACGUAAACGUUACCUAAAGAGAUCUCGCCGACAUGUCUGCUUCAAAGACCAUUUUAAUUGUGUGCUUAUUCUACGUUUUGGCUGUAACCCUAGCGCAGCCUGGUGAUCACUCCUGCGACAAAGGCGAAGUCUACAUCGUAUGUGGCCCCUCAUGCCCCAAGACCUGUGAGUCCAGAGGCGACACCUGUAAGCUGUGCUCGCAGCAAUGCGUUAAAGGAUGCUUCUGUGCCAACGACACCUUCAGAGCACAAGACGGCUCAUGUGUAACACAGGAACAAUGUCCUCCACGUGCAUGUACCGGUGAAAAUGAAGUAUUCGAUGAGUGUCCUCCGACUUGUCCUCGGACUGAAAAAUGCGAAAACUUAUGGAGCAAAAAACUAUGCGAAGAGAAAAAUUGCUGCACACCUCAAUGUCGGUGCAAGCCUGGUUUUUACAGAAAUGAACAAAACCAAUGUAUCUCCUCGCAAGAGUGUAUUAAAAAAGACGGAGGCGAGUCUGCGGGACCUGAAGCACUACCGAACGCAGCAGCACUGGUGGCCGGCACUGGAAGGGCCGGUUAAUACGUUAAAAAUUAUAAGUUAGGUAUUUUAGUAUAUAUACUUAUGUAUACUUAAUGCUUAAUUAAUCUGAGCUUAUCGAAUUACAAUUUGUAAGUUUUUUUAUAAUUAAA